AAUUUUCCUAUUUUAUCUAUAUUAGCUAGAAGGUAUCUAGCUAUUCUUAGUACUUCUACUCUAGUAGAGAGGGUUUUCUCAGUUAUAAGUAAUAUUAUUAGUAAAAACCAGAAUAGGCUUCAGCCUAUUAUAGUUAAAUAG